AUGUCUGCGCUGAGCCUGGCAGAGAGGACCUGGUUUAAAGAUCUUAGUUCCAAAAUUCACAGCAUGGCUUCCGUCACAGUGCCGGUGACCCUCUCUGUCCCCGCCUCCAGUAAUGACACAACCUGUGAAACCCUGUAUGCCCACAAAAACUAUGCCCGUAUCUUCAUGCCGAUUUUCUACUGCAUAGUGUUUUUUGUGGGGUUGUCUGGUAACUGCCUCGCCCUCCACGUCAUCCGACCCAAUCUGAAAAAGAUCAACUCCACCACCUUGUACUCUCUCAAUCUCGUCAUCUCCGACAUCCUCUUCACGCUCUCCCUGCCUCUGAGGAUUGUUUACUACGCCAGGGGCUUCCACUGGCCUUUGGGGGAGGCGCUGUGUAAGAUUUCCGGCCUCGUCUUCUACAUCAACACCUACGCCGGGGUCAACUUCAUGACCUGCCUCAGCGUGGACCGUUUUAUUGCCGUGGUCCUGCCUCUGCGCUUUGCCCGGCUUAGGAAAGUCAGCAACGUGCGCUACAUCUGCAUCGGCGUGUGGAUUCUGGUUCUGGCACAGACCCUCCCCCUCCUCGGAAUGCCUCUGACCCACAAAGAAUCCGGCGACUUCACCACCUGCAUGGAAUACCCCAACUUCGAAACGGUCGACAACAUUGCGACCAUACUGAUCGGCGCUGUGUUUUUGGGCUAUAUUGUCCCGUUGGUCACGAUCCUUUUUUGCUAUUCCGUCUUGUGCUCCAAGCUCUGGAUGACGGCGAAAACCAACCACCUGACCGACAAGUCGGGCCGCAGUCGCAAGGCCAUCGGCGUGAUCUGUUGCGUGUCCCUGGUGUUCGUUGUGUGUUACAGUCCCUAUCACAUUGACCUCCUGCAGUACAUGAUCCGUAAGCUGGUGUCCGACCCAGACUGCGCCGAUCUUACGAGCUUCCAGGUGUCCCUGCACAUCACGGUGUGCCUGAUGAACCUAAACUCCUGCUUGGAUCCGUUCAUCUACUUUUUUGCCUGCAAGGGCUACAAAAGGAAACUCCUGAAGCUCCUGAAGUUGCAAGUCAGCAUGUCCUUUUCCAGCGCAGUCAGGACCUCUCCAGAAGGCUCCUCCAAGGACUUCAUCGACGGCAAAAAAAUCAAACUCAACAGCAUUGCUCCAGGUAUGAACAGCGAGAGAUCCUCAGAGAGGAGAUCAUAUCGAUAUGAUAUGAUGGUGGAUCAUAACUCCUCCAACAUGUCGGUAGAGUCCAGCGAUAUGGAUCCGGGGCAGGGCCCUCUGGAGUACCGCAUGGCGGCCCUGGUCUUCUACUGCUUCGUCUUCGUCAUCGGAAUCACGGUUAACCUCACCGCUCUGUGGGUGUUCGGCCUGACCACCAAGAAACGGAACUCCGUCACCGUCUACAUGAUCAACGUGGCGGUGGUGGACCUCACCUACAUCGUGCUGCUCCCUUUCCGGCUGGUCUACCUCCACCGGGACCACUGGCCCUUCGGGGACAUGUUCUGCCGGGUCAACGCGGCCCUGACCAUCUUCUACCCCUGCAUGGCCCUGUGGCUCUUCGCCUUGAUCAGCUCGGACCGCUACAUGGCCAUCGUCCAGCCCAGGCACGGGAAAGAGCUGAGGAACGUCCCCAAGGCCGUGCUGGGCAGCGUGGGGGUGUGGAUCAUGACUCUGGGCAGUACGCUCCCCUUGCUCUUCUCCGAGGAAGACCCCGACCGUCUCUCCAACUUCACCACCUGCGUCAAGAUGCAGGACGUCAUCUUCAUGCGCCACGACAACCCCAUCAACUUUGUGAGGUUGAUCUUCUUCUUCCUGGUGCCCAUCUUCAUCAUGAUCGGCUGCUACGUGGUGAUCGUGGACAACCUGGUCCACGGCCGCACCUCCAAGCUGAAGCCGAAGGUCAAGCAGAAGUCCAUCCGGAUCAUCAUCACGCUCAUCGUCCAGGUGCUGGUGUGCUUCGUGCCCUUCCACGUGUGCCUGGUGCUCCGGCUGCUGGGGGACGGCCGGGACGGGGGCUUCAGCACCUGGGCGGUCUUCACCACCUUCCUGAUGAACCUGAGCACCGUGCUGGACAUCAUCCUGUAUUACAUCGUCUCCAAGCAGUUCCAGGACCGGGUCAUCAGCGUGAUCCUGUACCGGAACUACCUGCGGAGCGUCAGGCGGAAGAGCAGGCACACGCACACGGGAAGCGUCAGGUCCAUGAGCAACCUGACCAGCGCCAUGAUCUGAAAAACCGCCGAUUCGGGGCGUCUCGACCCAACCGCGCAAAGCCCCGUUCGUGCUUUUGGGAAAAAAAAACGUAACACCGAACGCACCGCGGCGUACUUUACACGGUUAAUUAUAAAAAAAAGGAACAAAAAAUUCCAAUUAAUUUUUCAAGGUGUGAUUUACACCGGCAGUAUGGGAGUGCUGCUGUUGUGGCGAAGAAAAAAACAACAAAAAACAUCUGUGUUCAGAGAUGAUUGACUCACCCAAGAGAAUUGAAAUGUUUUCUGUUUUCUGUGGCUCAGCUGCGAGAACCUGCAGAUGAAAAUAAAGCCCCUAAUCGUACGAAAACCCAGCUAACAGUAUCCCACCGCCUGCUGUGAUCGCACGGCGAAACGCUUCUCCACCGUCUAACCGCGUCAUAAAGGGUCUCCACGGCCUCCGCAGGAAACGGCGGCGGGUUUCUAAAAGGUUGCUAUUUUUAAUGUUUCACUCAGUGAAUGUGUUUAAUCUCUGUGUCUGUGGCAUAUCAGUCCCACGCCGGCCAGAUGAGCAAACCUUUUCAUAUCGAGCACGACGUCAUGAAACAAAAUGGUGUAAAUAAAAUUGAGCAAAGCUGUUUAAACCUGAGCCCAGACCGGCGUUGGAGGCCUUUCUAAAAACCUGCUGUAAAUGCUCUGGCCAGGUGAUGGCAGCAUGGCACAGCUAGAGCUCCUCCACCUGCCAGAGCUCAAAAACAUCCAGGUUUUUUGAAAAAAAAAACUUUUUCAAAGCGGGCACCGAAAGAAUUCGGUGUCUAAUUCGUCUCUCGGUAGCUUUGUUUAGCUACAGUUUUCUUUCGCCUAAACUGGUCGCCUUUAAGAUAAUCAUCAGUUUUUCAAGUUAACAACAGCCUCCACAAAAAGGAAUCUGACUAAAGUGUGUUUAUGGUGCAAUGUGAAUUGUAUUGAUUAGAUGUUAAAUGAUUCAGUUGCUUGAAGUGCAUUUACAGUAACAUGCUCAAGAGAUGUCAGGGAGGCUAUUUGCUAGAUUUACUGCAACCUUAACCUUUAAACAGAAAACCUUUUCAGCGCCGGGACAUUUCAGUGUCAGCCCUCUGCUGCAGGUAUAAAACGCAAUUUAUUCUUUUAUGUGUUUCCUAGAUUAGAGGCAAGUAAUGAGUCAGUGCUGAUUGGUGGCAGCCAUGUCACUUAGAGGAGGAAAAGUUCAAAAGCUUCAAAUGUUUGCUGAACAAAUGUCAGCUCAAGAUAAGAUUUCAGUUUUUUGGACACACCACCAACACAUGGCAAAAACCUGAUGUUAACAAACAAAUAUUCCAGAACAAAAAUCGGGAAAAUAAUGGCAAUUUACUUCAACAAGCAUCAGAUGAUACAUUGUAAAAUGCAGCAAAUGUGAAAAUGUGUUGAUACACAAGUUAGCAUAUUUCCUAAAACACUAAAGCAAACUAGAAAGUAAAAAAAUCUUAUCAAUGCAAAAGAGCAUUUCUUGAAAAAAAAAAAAGAAACAGAAAACAACAACGUAUCCAUAAAACCUUUCAACUAUCAGCUAUUGCUUCAGAUAACCAAACCCUAGAUACGUGAACAUUUCCAAAAACACAAAAUCAGAACAAAAACAUCGGCAAAUUAUGAAAGAAUGAAAACACGGUGAAGCUGGCAAAAGCGCACAAUUGGUCGAUUUGUUUGGUGAAAACGGGUGUUUGCCAACAAAGGGUUUUCCAUUUAGUUUCAUCUUCUUUUGUCAAGUCACAUUUUUGUCUGGUGUACUAUUCGGCUCAGAAUCACCACUCAGACUAACCUGAACAAAAAUGUGAGUCGGUGUGAUGCUUCUUUUAGUCAGACUUUGCGCUGUGACCUCCCAUACAAUAGAAAUACUCAGCCUCGACCCAUUUUUUAAAUCUCCGAUCGUAGAAAUGAUGGAAUCCAUAUGGGGUUUGGCUGACUUGCACAAUCUUCCUAGGUGAAGACGUGGUCACUCCAUGUGAUAUAGCGAGGGUAGAUUUACACUGUGUUAAAUACGAGGAGGCAGACUACAAGAUUUCCAUCUCACAUGGAAUAUCGGCAACUGCACUCCAUCAUAUGGUGAUAGGUUUAUUUGCCGGUGGACUACAAGUGGAUUUAUAACCGGGAGGCCAAAGGUUGAAUGAAACAUCAGAGGGUUGUCUAUCUGUCCCACCUGUUAGGCAUCAAAGAAAAAAACAGCUAUGCUGCUCACUGCAACUGGCAUUUAAAACAAUUAAGUUUCCUGUCAAGUCCCUGUGAUGAAUUAUCCGGAAGCUUUACCCGCCGUAAUUCUAAAUCUUCCCAACAAGUGCCUUUGUUGUAGAGAAAUUAAUGAAAACAAGAUUCUCUUUCAUAGGAGCUGAUCUAACAGCGCGACAGCCAGCUGCUCUUCUUUGGGAAUAAAAAAAAAAAAGCCACAAAAAAGAAAAAAAAAAACAGUCAGCAUUAAGCCCAGCUCUCACAAAAUACUUUUUUUUUUCUUCCCAUCGCGUGGAAAACAAAUCAGGCGGCGGGCGCGGUGGCCAUCUGUUUUGUUAUUUGAUAUGUGUGAAUACAUGUUGUAAUGACUUUGUUUGUGAAUCGCUCUGCGCGGCGGAACACACGAGAGCUCUCGAAGUGCUGGAGUGUUCAAAGCUAAUCAUAUAAUUGGACACAAUAGUCGAUGACAAAUGGAGAUGCUCGGAGCCAGCCAGCUGGGGAAGUGAAUAUGUAAUCAUUGUAAAAUCAUAUCAUUUUUGCAUAUUUGAAGACAGCUUAAUAGAGUUUGCGUGUCGGCCCACCGUCAGAUGAUGAUCAGAGACAAUGCGGCCGAAAUUUGUUUGUCAAAAAUCGUGCUUUGCGGGGGCCAUUUACCUUGAUCUUGAUUAAAAGU